AAAUAAAGGAAAAUGUAGAUAUGCCAGUGGCGCAGUUAUUAUCAAAUGGAUAGAGAGAAAUUAUAUAUCAUUUUGUGGUUGAAAAGUGUAAAAAUAGACGAUUUAAUGACACUUGAAUGGAAUAGAUUUGUGUGUCAAUAAUUUACUUGCGAGUUUACCAUUGCGGAUAUCCGACUACAUUAAGAUAAUGCACUUAUGAAAAUAACCCCAUAUGACGCACUGAUGUACAGUGCACUUAAGAUUAAAGUUACUUGCAUCAAGAAUAGAAGUGAUUCCCUACACGGUUAAAUGAUACCAUUUACCUGGUCUGUACUCUGUAGUAUACGCGGUUGUGUAUGGAUUUUAGAAUAAAGUUUAAAUAUAAAUGCAUGAAAAAUAAAUGUAAACAUUUCUGAAGAUAUUUUGUCACAAAUUUAUACCAGGACAUUAAAGGUUAGAUGUGCAUGUUUUGUAGAAUACACAAUACUAAUAUAGAGUGUAUUGAACACGUCUAAAACUUUUAAUUAAAAUGGACGAUCCGAAUUGAAGUUUAAUGGACAUGUUGACAUAAAUUUUGUCAGGAUAGAACCCUGUAAUUUUCAAUAUUUGAACCGUGCAAUAGUGACAGUUACUGACUCAUGGAUUUUUAAUUAUACACACAGUUAAACUUUUUUCGAGUGAGAAUAGUGAUUUUACGGAAGUUAGUUAACGUAGACGAAGUGUAUCGGAGAGUUUUAUGUUUUAUAGUGACCUGGUAUAAAUAAAUAUAUUCACUUAAAUUAGAAAAUACGAAUACACGCUUCACUUGUAGCCAAAUGGUACAGAUAAAUUUGGUCGGAGUCAAGUGCUAUUUUCCGUGACAUCGUAGCUUAAAAAUUUAUGUGUUGAGAGGAAAUGUACUGAAUCAUGGAUAUAACAGGAUUUGAUCCAUACCAAAUUUUUGAGGUUGAACAUCGACCAUGUUUGAUCCUCAAAGUUACCGUGCUUGCCGGAAGGAACAUCACCAAAGGAUGGUCAGAUUACGUGGACACCCCGGAUCCUUAUAUCAAGAUAUACAUACGGACGGCACCAGAGGGUAGAAAACAAACAACGGUGAAAGAUAACGAAGUAAAUCCAGAAUGGAACGAAUCCUUUACAUUCCUCCUCGGCGAGGCAGUAGAAAAUAUCAUGGAAAUCCGGCUUAUGGAAGCAAAUUACACAUAUGACGAACUAGUUGGUAAAGUGUUUUUCGAUAUAGCCGAACUUCGACGUAACCAUGUCGAAAAAAGGACGUUUGUAUUUAAUGAGGUAUCCGAGAUUGACAUUGAAAUGAAAUUAAGUUUAGACAAGGACCCCACGUUACGUUACAGCUUGUGUUUAUGUGACCAGGAGAAAGAAUACCUUUUGAAGCGAAAAGAAAAAGUUAUGGAAGGCAUGCAACGUCUUCUUGGUGAGGAGAAAGCCCCGAAAAAUGUUGACGACGCACCAACGAUAGCUGUGAUUGGUUCAGGUGGUGGGUUUCGAGCAAUGGUUGGCCUCAGUGGCGUGGUCAAAGCUCUUCAUGAUUCUGGUAUACUACAAUGUACAACCUACCUAUGUGGACUCUCCGGAUCUUCCUGGUAUAUAUCCACGUUAUAUUCUCACCCAAGUUGGCCACAGAUGGCACCAGGGGCCAUGCAAGAUGAGUUAAAGAACAAUAUAGACUCGAGCCUGCUCUGGUUGCUUUCACCACAAGGUGUGUACAGAUAUUUGGACAAAAUUAUGAAGAAAAGACAGAUGGGUCAGCCUGUUAGUUUCACUGAUUUCUUUGGACAUAUGGUUGGCGAAACUCUACUGAAGGGGAGACUGGACUGUAAAUUGUCUGACCAACAGGCAAAACUGGCUGAUGGAGGAAUACCAAUGCCUCUUCUCACGUGUGUUCACGUCAAAAAAGACCGUUCAGCCAGGAGUUUUCAAGAAUGGGUCGAAUUUUCACCGUAUGAGAUUGGCUUGGCAAAAUAUGGAACAUUCAUGUCGACAAAAUUAUUCGGAGGUAAAUUUUUCAUGGGAAAGUUGUGUAAAGAAUAUGAAGAACCUCCGUUACAUUUCCUACAAGGCAUAUGGGGGAGCGCAUUCUGUAUAUUGUUCAAAAGAUUGCUUGAAGACAACAGAAAGUUGGAUCCGGUAGAAAUGAUAAGACUUGAAAUGGAGAAACAACUUGAAGAAAACGAACAAGAUGAGAGUAGUGAUAGCAGUGAUGAGGGCGAAUUUGAUGACGCAGAAGAAAUAGCUCCGAACAACCGACCUAGUAUGAUUAAACUGUCCAAGGCAGAUACACUCCCAAACCGUGAAAUACCGCAAUCAAAAGCAUCACCAUCUUUAAGUGAGAGAAGUUUAGCAUCGAAUGGAAAGUCUCAAACAUUACCAAACAACUUCAGGGCUCCUAAACGCUUGAUGUCAACACGAAGGACUAAACAAAAAGGAUAUUGGUCAGAUUUUUUAAAAGGCGUUUUUGAAAAUAAGAAGUUCGAGCUCCUAAGUACGCGUGCAGGGCGUGCAGGUGUGAUCCACAACUUCAUGAGGGGAUUGUCUCUACAACAAAGUUACCCCCUGUCUCCAUUCACGCCACUGAAGAAAACGGCGCCAGACCUCGAUGAUGUUGAUGGGGAUCCAAACAGUAGAACCAGUGAUGAUUUUGACGGUAUCUUUGAGAUGCACCCGACAAAUGUCAAGCACUUAUACAUGGUAGAUGCCGGUCUCACUUUUAAUUCUCCAUACCCGGUUGUAUUACGGCCGCAACGGGAGGUCGACAUCAUUUUGUCGUUCGACUUCAGUGCAAGACCUAGCGAUACCACACCACCUUUCAAGGAGUUGUUACUGGCAGCCAACUGGGCGAAGAAGCAUAAAGUAUCGUUUCCUCCUAUUGACACAUCAGUGUUUGACAGAGAAGGUUUAAAGGAAAUGUACAUUUUUAAACACCCAACAGACCCGCACUGCCCCGUUGUCCUUCAUUUUUGUCUCGUCAAUAUUGAAUUCAGAAAGUUUGUAAAACCAGGAGUCCGACGACGAACUAAAGAAGAAAAAGAGUUUGCGGACUUUGACAUAUUUGAUGAUCCUACCACGCCUUACUCUACAUUUAACUUUAAAUAUUCACACCUUGCAUUUGAGAGAUUAUCAAAGUUAACGGAGUUUAAUACGUUAUUAAAUGUUGAACAAAUCAAAACUGCAAUUGCUCAAGUGGUUGAAAAGAAACGCGCAGAGCCGCCGAGGUGUCUGUGCAGUCUGGAAGAGGUCCCGUUAUUGAGAAGAGUGUCUCAGAAAAACAAAAAGAGACUUUCACGAUUCUUAUCUAGAAUCAGGAGUGGACGUUAUAGUGUCAGUGAUGCACGUAAAGGAAUUGAUAAAUCCAUCGAAGAGGAGAACAUUACAUUCACCGAAGAACCCAAAAAUGGAACAGUAAACAGAAACGAAUCAAACGCGCAGCCAAGUUUUCGGCGACAACAAGCUAUUAGUCGAAAGAACCAGAAACAAUUUGGGAGCGGCGCUUUGUCAGUUGCUACUGAAGUUUCAACAGAACAAGAAAUAGAAAGUGAAACGGAAAAGCGAGAGAUUCCAGGAAGAAGAAAACCAUUACAACCGGAGAAAGCUCGACAAUGGCAAGACAACAGGUGCUUCUCUAUAGACGAUGAUGAUGAAUCACAAUUCUAUACUGCAGCACAGACGCCAUCCCCUAGAUGAAUGAUGACCUAGGGCUGAAAUGUAUGCUUUAUAUCAUUACAAGUGUGCAUAGUUUAUCUAAGAGAUGUGUAAUUGAACUUUGAAUUACUCGACGAUUACACAGAAUACAAGGAGGGUGAACUUAUGUAAAAAGAGUCCGUCACUCGCAGUGUUAUACUUCCUUAUCAUUCCAUAAUAGUAUAAUUGGACUGUGAAUAAAAAUACCAGGGGUGGUAACUGUUAUUCAUGGACAUCAUCGUACAGUUAUCUAACUUUGUUGUUCUUUCCACCAAGGAGGUAGUGGUCUUGCUGUACAUUUUGUUGACUGUUUGUAAUCGGAAAUACAGCGACUCUUUUUAAGGCUGAUCAAAAUUUGUCAUUUCAUUUUAAAUGAUUUUUAUUAUGCUUUAUUUUAUAGGGGCUGUUGUAUAAUGUGUUUCAUUAAAUAUGUGUAAAUGUGAACUAGGGCAUUUCUGAGCGUCUAAUGUAAAGCGUUUGUUUCAUAUGAAAGAAGUCAGAGAGCUAUAUCAAAUGAUUAUAUGACUAAAAUUAUGUGGUAUAGAAAUGCUAUAUUGGGUAAGAAUAUGGUUAUGUGAGUGAGUAAAUGACUAUAUGAAACAUGACUGGGAAUAUAACUAUGUAAAGUAAGAAAAUGACCAUAAGAAAUGGUAAAAUACCUAUUUUAAGUAAGAAUUGGUUUUGUGAAUAGUAACAUGCAGUGAGACUAUGGCUAUAUAAAUGGGCAUCUUGAAUGUGGCUAUGUGAGUGAGAAUAUGGUUAUGUGAGUGAGGAUAUGGUUAUGUGAGUGAGAAUAUGGAUAUUUGAGUGAGAAUAUUGCUAUGUGAGUGAGAAUAUGACUAUGUGAGUGAGAAUAUGGUUAUGUGAGUGAGAAUAUGGUUAUGUGAGUGAGAAUAUGACUAUGUGAGUGAGAAUGUUGCUAUAUGAUCGAGAAUAUGACCAUGUGAGUGAGAAUAUGGCUAUGUGAGUGAGAAUAUGGAUAUUUGAUUGAGAAUAUGACUAUGUGAGUGAGAAUAUGGUUAUAUGAGUGAGAAUAUGGAUAUUUGAGUGAGAAUAUGACUAUGUGAGUGAGAAUAUUGCUAUGCGAUUCAGAGUUGUAUCUGAAUAAAAAUAAUUCUUCAGCUAAGGGUAUUAAGUUAUAGGUUACUUUGCUUAAUGUGAGUAAGAAUUGUGUUUGGAAAAUAAAAAUUAUUGUCAGGUGUACAAAAGUAAUAUGCUGUGCAAUACAGAUACAUGUGUACCCGAGUAAAUGAUUAUUAUGUUUGAAAUUCAGUUUUAUUGAAUUGUUAAAAUAAAUUAAACUGUUUUGAAUAUUAAAAAUGAGCCAUGCUUUA